CACGUGUGUGGCAUUACUUGCUGCACUAAGUCUGCGUCUUGGUGGUAACUGUAUUGAUAAUAUUGGUUAGUACAUAGCAUAAAGCUAUAACGUAUGAAUAAUCAUAUAUUGUAAGCAGAGUAUCAUCGGUUGGUUUCUGGGGACGGUUUAUUCAAAAUGGGACCGCCGAGGAGCAAGAAGAGGAAGCCAAGCUUCCGUAAGUUGCUGAAAACAAGCAACGUGAAGCUUGAAAACAAACUGAAGAACCGUCAGUUCAAGCAGCAAAGCACUGCCAAAAAGUACCGCAAGGAACAGAAGAAACUCCGUCAAGCUCUGAAAGAUGCGUCCGGCAGAAUCCCAGAGCCCCUGGAGCGCUACAAGAAAAAGCCAGAGGAGGAAGAAGAUGAGGAGGAGUUUGAGGAGUCCCUUCCAGUUGACAUGAUGGAUGAGGAUGACCUGGAGCAGAUGAAGGCCAUGGCCCAGAAAGCCUCCUUCCUCACCAGAGACCUCUCUUCUUGCGAGCCAGUGCACGCAAAAAAACGCAAGUCGGACAACGUCGUGGAGUCGUACGAGAAGAUGCCACGGAAGAUGCAGAGGCAGGAGGAGAAGGAAGUGAUCCACCUCCUGCCAAUCAAGGACAAGACGGGCAUUAUCCCUCAGACCAUGGAGAAACCAGUUGUGCGGAAAGCAGAGGAAGAGGAGGAGGUAGAGGGUGAGCCAGCAGAGGAUGACAGUUCUCAGUACGUACUCGAGACUGAGGCAAUGUCUGCUCUGAGCCCUCAGCAACAGCUGCAGCUGCGUAGACAAAGGCUGGAGGACAGGAAGCUGCGCAUCGCUGGGUUGGGCUCAGCCAUCCUGUCAGACCCCAUCAGCAACAUUAAGAGGUUGAAGGAGCUGCGCUCUAUGCUGAUGGAAACAGACCCUUGUGUUGCUGUGACGGUGAGAAAGCUGGUCAUGGUCUCUCUGAUGGAGGUCUUCAAGGACAUUGUUCCCUCCUACAGAAUCAGGCCAUUAACAGAGGCUGAAAAAGCUACAAAGGUGAAAAAAGACACUCAGCAGCUGCGUGAGUUUGAAGAGGGCCUCGUCAGCCAGUACAAAUUCUACCUGGAGAAUCUGGAGCAAACAGUGAAAGAUUGGAAACAGAAGAAGAGGAAGAGGAGCGAGGCGGUGUCCCUGCAGGCCUACAAGGGCCUGGCGGAGGUGGCCAUCAGGUGCACCUGCGAGCUUCUGGUGGCGCUGCCGCACUUUAACUUCCACAACAACAUCAUCGUCAUGGUGGUGCCCCUGAUGAACGACCCCUCCAAGAAGGUGUCUGACAUGUGCUGCGAAGCUGUGAGGAAGCUGCUUAGACAGGACAAAGUGGGCCACGCGUCUUUAGGAAUGGUAAAGGUCAUCUCUGGCCUGGUGAAGAGCAGGAACUACGAGGUCAGGCCAGAGGUUCUGAAAACCCUUCUGUGCUUGAGAAUAAAGGAGGUUGAAAUGAAGAAAGAUGCUGAGGACAUCGCCCCUAAAAAGAAAUUCAUGACCUUUAAGGAGAAGAGGAAGAACCUGUCAAGAAUGCAGAGGAAGUGGAAGAAAGCAGAGGAGAAGCUGGAGAAGGAACUCCUGGAGGCCGAGGCGUCGGAAAGCAAAGAAAAGAAGCUGAAGCUGCACACAGAGACGCUGAACAUUGUGUUCCUCAUAUACUUCAGGAUACUGAAGAAAGCCCAGAAGUCCGUUCUGCUUCCCUCUGUCUUAGAGGGCCUUGCAAAGUUUGCCCACCUCAUAAAUCUGGAGUUCUUUGACGAUUUGUUGACGGUGCUCCAUAACCUCAUCGAAUCAGGGGAUCUGUCCUACCGGGAGAGCCUCCACUGUAUUCAGACGUCCUUCACCAUCCUCUCUGGUCAAGGCGAUGUCCUCAACAUCGACCCCUUAAAGUUCUACAGCCACUUGUACAAAACGCUCUUCCUCCUGCACGCAGGAGCGUCGAACGAGGACGUCGCCAUCGUGCUGCAGUGCCUGGACGUCAUGCUGGCGAAGCGGCGGAAGCAGGUCACCCUGCAGAGGGCGCUGGCCUUCGUCAAGCGGCUGAGCACGCUCAGUCUGCACGUGCUGCCCAACUCCAGUGUGGGCAUCCUGGCGUCCAACAGGACGCUGAUGCACACCUUCCCCAAGUGUGACAUCCUGCUGGAUAACGAGGCCCAGGGCAGUGGCGUGUACCUGCCGGAAAUGGACGAGCCGGAGUACUGCAAUCCUCACAACACUGCACUGUGGGAGCUGCACACAGUCAGGAGACACUACCAUCCCGUGGUGAGGAAGUUUGCGUUUCACCUCAUGGCAGGAGCUCCCAGUGAAGGCUCUGGUGCACUCAACACAGAGCUCAGCAGGAGGUCCCCAGUAGAUUUGUUUGAAGAUUACAGUGCCAAGGACAUGACAUUCAACCCUCCUGUGUCAGCACCCUCCACAAAGAAAAAGGAUCACUUCACGACAGGUCAUGCGUUAUUGGAUGACAAGUUGAGGAAACAGAUCGAUGAUAUUCUCCAAACAGAAGCCGCCCCCGCAGGGUUGGACUUUGCCACAGAUCUAAGGCACAAAGGCGAAGUUCACACUUAAAAUGGAACCUCACACCAAUAACUGGAGG